CCAGCCCUCGGGAGGCACCGCAGACCCCGGGCGCCUCGGCCAGCCUUGCGACUCCUCCGCUGCCCGCCCCCGCCCCGCUUAAAACCCCACUCCGGAGACUUUGGCGAGUUGCUGAGAAGUUGGCGCCGCGGCUCCGGCCCUUCCUUGCUCCCGACCUCCCUGCCUCCCCAUCCCGCCCUGAGCCAGUCCGGGCGUGGGCUGCCUUCUCCUGCCCCAGGAACACCUGCUAGCCCCGCCGGUUCUGCCAACUUCCAAGUUCCCUUCUUGCCGACCCUCAGCCCCGCGGGGGAGAGCGCGGGAGACUUAGAAGGAAGGACCGAGGCGAUUUUGGCAGCAUCGGGGAAAAAAAGGAAAGGAUCCCUUUUUUUUCCCCAGCCAAGCUCCGACACCCUCUGCUCUGGACGAUUGCCACCCCAGCCAGCGAGGUUGCCACCUUUGCAGCUUGUCCGGUGCCCAAGAGGGCAUCCUGGGCUGGGCACCUUCUGCUGGCAAAGGACCCACCCCGACUGCACCAGAACAUGACUGCCAAGUUGGCGAUUUCCGUGGCCGUUUGCUUAAUGCUGGCACUUCAAGCUCUGGCGAAGCAAGAAAGGCUUAUGAAACCUGAAUUGAACAUCAAUCGUGACUAUAUUAUAGUGGAAGCUGGAGAUUCGUUCAGCAUAACUUGCAGGGGCUCACAUGGCUUGACAUGGCAAGCUGGAGAUGAACAGAUCACCCACAGCAAGCGGUGGCAUAUUCACAAGCAGAAAUGUUCAGACAAGCCAUGGCAUUCCUGCAGCACAAUUGGAGUUAACCGAGCUGUGGCCAACGACACCGGCUAUUUCACCUGCUUUUAUGACCACCUCCCGUUCGCAGAGGAACUGAGAGCCAAGUUAUAUGUCUUCAUUAAAGAUCAGUCAGAGCCUUUUGUGCAACCCCACCCAAAACAUCCAUCCCUCAUCCGUGUGAACAACAAUACAGAUGUGAUCAACGUGCCAUGUCGUGUCACCUCACCAGAGAUCAAACCGGAGCUGCUGCUGCAUCAAUCUCUCAAGCCUCUCACCUAUGAGAAGAAGGAAUGGGACCCAAAGAAAGGAUUCAUGAUCACUUCACCCUCCAUUGAGUUCUUUACUAGAAUGAUCAAAUGUGUUGCUACAGUCAACGGAGCACAAUAUGAGACCUAUUACUUGACCCAGAAAGCGGAGAUACGAGUUUGGAAUGCGGUUGUGGAAGCAACUCCCAGAAAACUCUUGGUUGGAGAAACCCUUAACUUGGAAUGCAAAGGACAGACGUCCUGGAAUGGACGGUUAGAAUUUCUAUGGACAUUUCCAGGAAAGAGGGAACUAAGGGCAGGAAAGAAUUUUGACAAGCGUAUCUUCGUGUACAAAGGCUCUAGUAAUGUGACUAUCACGAAUGUCACAAUGGAAGACAAAGGACAUUACAUAUGCAAAGUGUUCAGUAUGGGCGAAGGAGGCAUAGAAGUCAAUACUACAGUCACAAUACUCGAACAAGCUUUCAUCAAUUUUGUCAAAAAGAGGCAAAAACUGUAUUAUGAGGCCAAUGCAGGACUAAAAGUACUGAAGCUGGCUUGGAAGGUUGAUGCUUUCCCUCCCCCUGAUGUGGCUUGGUACAAAGAUGGCCACCUGAUCAAAGCCAAUGACUGCUAUGACUUAGAUCCUGAGAGGUACAGGAUAAUCAUCAGGGAUGUGAGACCGAAGCAUGCUGGGAACUUUACCCUGUAUUUGAGCAACCCGAAGCAUGGUCUCUAUAAAAACCUCACCAUCCAACUUGUUGUCCUUGAGAAACCUCACAUUUAUGAAAAGGAGAUAGAUUUUUCCAAUACUGAGCUGGUCACUAAAGGAAGAGAGCACAGCCUUCAAUGCACCGCAAGUGGAUGGCCUCUGCCCUCCAUACACUGGGAAUGGGAGCCCUGCAACCAUGCAGAAAGCCAGUGCACCCAACGUGGAGAAAGAAUCAAAGUCCAGAAAACUGUCAGGCAUGAAACUCCCUAUUUAGCCAACAGGAUCAAGGACAUCAAAAAUAUGCAGUUUGUUCAUGGCAAUAUGUUAAAGGUUUUAAGCACUUUGACCAUGACGUCAAGCAACAUCUCCGGAAUCUAUUACUGUGUGGCUUCCAACAAGUUGGACACCGAAGAGAGAAGCAUCAGGUUCUACAUCACAGACAUGCAAUCCAGCCUGGAGGCAGACUCCCAAAUGACAGCUAUUGUGACCAGCCAUGUCCAGAUGACUUGCAAGUGCUCCAAGUAUCUUUACGAUCACCUCAUCUGGUACGACCCCACCUUGCAGGAAGUCCCCACAGCUCUCACCCAGAAGAAGGUGGACAACUAUUCCAUCUCCUUAGUGCUGGACAUCCAUAAUGUCUCCCAGGCUCACGCAGGGCUUUACAAGUGCCGAGCAUCAAGCUACCACAACCGCACCAAGCAGCUGGAGAAAAGUACCAUGCUCAGCAUAAAAUUUAAGACGGUGCCUUACAUUAUGGAGAACUUUACCGACUUGGAGGUUAACGUGAGCGGGACCAUCGUUCUGGAGUGCAAAGUCAACGGGACCCCCAAACCUGCUAUUGCUUGGCUGAAAAAUGGCCACCGCAUCACCCCUGCUUCAGGAAUUUCCAUGGAAAACAACACUUUGGUGAUUGAACGAGUGAAAAAGGAUGACGAGGGUCAUUAUGAAUGCCAAGCGGUCAACGAGAUGGGUCAAGACAGCACCCGGGCGUUUAUUAAAAUAGAAGGCUCUGAAGAAAAAUCCAACAUAGAAGUUAUCAUCUUGGUAUGCACUGGUUUAGCAGCCACUCUCUUUUGGCUCCUUCUGACCCUCUUCAUACGGAAACUCAGAAAACCGGAUGCCACCGAUAUUAAAACUGGAUAUUUGUCCAUCAUAAUGGACCCAGAGGAGAUGCCCCUGGAUGAGCAGUGUGAACGUCUUCCUUAUGACAGCAGCAAAUGGGAAUUCCCAAGGGAUCGACUGCGGCUGGGUAAAACUCUGGGUCACGGUGCUUUUGGCAAAGUGGUGGAAGCAUCUGCUUUUGGCAUAGAUAAAUCUUCAACCUGCAAAACAGUGGCUGUUAAAAUGCUUAAAGCAGAGUGUGCAACGACCAAUGAGUGCAAGGCUCUGAUGUCGGAACUGAAGAUCCUGAUCCACAUUGGACAUCAUCUAAAUGUGGUCAACCUACUGGGGGCUUGUACCAAGCCCGGAGGUCCUCUGAUGGUCAUUGUAGAAUAUUGCAAGUAUGGAAAUCUCUCUAAUUACCUGCGGGGAAAACGAGGUGAUUUCAUUGUAUGCAAGCCACUAGAAAAUUCAGACUGCUCAGAGAAAGGAUUGAAGGACUCAAUCAGUGAUUUAACAGAGCUAAUUAAGAGGCGUCUUGAAAGCGUAGCCAGCACAGGUAGCUCUGCUAGCUCUGGAUUCAUUGAAGACAAGAGUUACACAGAUUCUGAUUCAGAAGAAGAAGACGCUGAAGAUCUUUAUAAGCGACCUCUGACUUUGGAGGACCUGAUUUGCUACAGCUUCCAGGUGGCUAAAGGAAUGGAGUUCCUGGCCUCAAGAAAAUGCAUUCAUAGAGAUUUGGCAGCCAGGAACAUUCUUCUUUCUCAAAACAACGUGGUGAAGAUUUGUGAUUUUGGAUUGGCCAGAGAUAUAUACAAAGAUCCUGAUUAUGUGCGGAAAGGAGAUGCCAGGCUGCCCCUGAAAUGGAUGGCUCCAGAAGCAAUUUUUGACAAAAUCUACACAACUCAGAGUGAUGUCUGGUCCUUUGGUGUGCUGCUUUGGGAAAUAUUUUCCCUAGGGGCUUCUCCAUAUCCAGGGGUCCAGAUUGAUGAGGACUUUUGUCGACGUCUCAAAGAAGGAACACGGAUGAGGUCUCCAGAGUACUCUACUCCAGAAAUCUACCAGACCAUGCUGGACUGCUGGCACAGCAUCCCAACAGAGAGGCCCACUUUCACCAACCUUGUGGAACGUUUAGGGGAUCUGCUCCAAGCAAAUGUACAACAGGAUGGGAAAGACUAUAUCCCGCUGAACAUCACCUUGUGUCCUGAUGGAGGGUCCAACCCCAAGAUCUGCAUCUUGGAAGAGAACGUGAGCAACUUCAUUCACCGCUGGAGUGCUAUAGAAGCAAGCAUUAACUCCAAGAACCGGCCACUCAGUGUCAAGACCUUUGAUGAGGUGCCUGUAGAGAAGGAGAAGAUGAUACAUGAGGACGGUGAAUCAGACAGUGGGAUGGUGUUGACCCUGGAUGAAAUCAAGAGCCGGAAGAGGCUGGAGAUCCGAUCCUGGCCUUAUGGAAUCAUGGCUCUUGCGAGGAAAGCGAUCAAUAAAAGCAAGGAAUCUGUGUUCAAUGAGCAUGAGCGAGAAUCGGUGAAGUACCGUCCAACCGUUCCGGUGGAGGAUGACCUGAUGGAAGACUCCAUUCUUCUGCCGAUGGAUGCCAGCCUGGAAUGCCACAGCCCACCUCCUGAUUAUAACUCUGUGAUCCAGUACUCGGCUCCUCCAGUGUAGCCAACCAGCCCUGGGGGGACCGCCAGCUUUUGCAUCUCUGACCAUGCAGUGUUCCAAGCCAGCUUCCCGGUUUUCUUCUUGCUUAAUAGAAAUCCUGUCCUAAGCGGAGAAGCCAGACCUUGAAGUCAAAUGUACAUUAGCCCCAGUGUGCAAGUGCAAGUGGGAAUUCUCUGAAGACUGCCUUUCAAGCUCUCUGGCUUUUAUUUCCUAACCUUCCCCUUGAAUUUAUAUUUUUUGAAUGCCGUGGUCAUUGCAGUCUACCUUUUAUUCGGUGGGGUUUCCUCUCUUAAAGCUCUGGACUGCACACCAAUUUUCCCUAUAUAUUUUUUGGUUCCUUUUAAUAGGGAAAUUCCAUUCUAAACACCGAGGUUGUUAUCCAGGGAUAAUUAUCUUCAAUAUUUUAUGUAUAGCGAUCAAAACCUAGCCUGAAACUCAGAUUUAUUGCAGAACCUAAAGCAAUCUGCCAGAACAGACCUACAGAGACAUGCAUGGAGACUCCCUCAAACUGCAAGUUAUAUUUAGGCACACAACCAACUUGCAGAAUGAGGCUGAGAAAGAUUUCGUGUAGAUAAUUUUGCUUGUUGUGCAACAGUGUAAACAACUAAAUGCAAUAAUAAUGAAAAAAUAUAGCACAGGAAAGAAAAAACCUCAGGUGUUUUAGUGGGCCAGGAAAGUCAGACCCCGUGAAACUGUGAAUAUAGAAGCUUCUUAAAAGAGGUGUAAGACUUGCUUGUUCUCUAGCCCCCAAAGCUGCUACGCUUAAGCUAGGAAUAUUUUCUGCUUAAUGGAUCGCAAGAGAAACCCUUCUGAAGUGCAGCGAGCAUCACUUAAGCAUGGAGAAGAAGCAUGCCUGUUUCCCCCUCUCUGCUGUAAGAAGCAAUGAGGUUAGAGUAAAAAGAGGCUUGCUUUGAAAAGCACUUAAUUUGCCGAUAAUUUAGUCACAGGAUCAGUGGGAAAAGGACAAUAUAACCUACAUUUCACAUCUUCUGAGAUGUUCCAAGUUCACCUGGGUGCAAAUUAAUUUGGAUCCUGUGCAGAACUGUUGGGGACAGAAGGAUAUUCCAAAACAUCAAGGUGGUCAGGCAUUGCUCAGGUAGUCAUGACCACAUUCUGGACCUUUUUUUAAAAUCACUUGAUUCUGUGCCUUACUCCCAGACUUUAUAUAACAAGUUAAACACAUGUUUUCCCCUUUGUGGAAAGUCCCCACAAUUCCAGUAUAUAAAAAUACCCCACUUAAAAAUAUUGCUUAUACGUGUAACACCCCCAGACCCUUGAUUCUGUGCCUUACUCUCUGACACGGGAAUGGAAGUAAGUGUGGGAAAGUUUUGCUUGUAUAUGCUAAGUCUUUGAGUAAAUUACUGGGACCAAAGAAAGUGUAGCUGGAGUGUGCCUUAAAAACUUUGACUUUAGAAAGCAAUAGCUAUAUAACCAAAAAGACAGGGAAAUACAGCUGCCAGCCAAAUAUGUCAAGUGCCUUUUUUUUUAAACAUACGUAGCCUAAAAAUUAAGAAAAUUAAGUGUUCCUCAACGUGGGUGAGAUUUGUGAACUUCAACUCCCAGAAUCCCCCAGUCAGUGUAGCUUGGAAAAGCUUCCUUUGGUGAUUUUGGAAGAUCAGACCUUUUAAAGAAACAGAGAAGGACACCAAACGGUUGUGAAGCUGCUGAUCCAUUUGUCAUAUCUGGAAAAAAAAAAGCCACUUUUCCAAAUCAUUUCCAAAUUUUUGGGAAGGCAGUCAUUGGCAUCCCAACCACACACAGGUGACUCAAGAUCUGUCUUCACAAAUCACAUGUAGGUGAAACUAAAGCACACCGUGGUUUGGGGAAAUGCAUAACUCUUGCCACUGCUGCAUUUUCUCAGCCAGGAGUCUGCUCCUUGGAUCAAUCAGCUUGAGAGCCAAAACAGGAUUCAAACUUCAUGUCAAGGGUCACUUUCCAAAGUAGGCAGGACCAGUCAGGUCCCCUGGGGAUGUGGUUCCAAGGCUCUUGAGGGGGAAGAAGGGGUUCUUAACCCCUCCCAGUGCAAAAUGGAUGCUAAUGGGCUGUUGAAGACGGGGCUGCUGCAUUUGUGCAUCGGCAGUCUCAGUGAUUUCUCCGUCUGUUAAGAUCAGUGGCACUUAUAGCCAUCACAAAUAGGAACAUCUUCCUUCAAUCUUCCUUCCUUCCUUCCUUCCUUCCUUCCUUCCUUCCUUCCUUCCUUCCUUCUUUUUGCUUCAUCUGUUUGUUUCUUCUUCCUUCUCAUUCCAUCCGAUUCUUUCCUUUCUUUUUCCUUCUUCCUUCUUCCCUCCCUCCCUCCCUCCUUCCCUCCCUCCCUUCCUUCCUAACAUGUCCCUUUACUCAUUGCUCUUCAUUCUCCAUACCAAAUAUGCCAAUAUCAAAUAUGCCCAUGGACAGUAGAGGAAUCCUUGUGUUGGCAAAUGGCAUUUGCAGAGGUCUAAGCACUGAAUCUAAAGCUCAGAGAUAACUCCAGAAGCUUUUUCUAAGCUGGACUUUUGGGGGGAAAGGAUGUUCUCUGCUUCUUCCAAAGACCAAAGGCCCAUUCAGACUCUCUGCCAAGCAUCUCUGCAUGGAUGUGAUUUUUCAAUUGCAUAGAUAAGUCUAAUUUUAUUUUGUUUUUCAUCAGCAGAAUUGGAUCUGUAUUCCUCGUAUUUUAUUUACUAAUAUUCUUUAUCCUCACCUUUCUCCCUCAUCUUUCUCCUGCCCCAUUAAUUUAAUUACAGUAUUUUUCUAAUAAUGUUGAAAUAUCUCUAAAUGUAAUAAAACCCAGCCAAAAUCAAGCCCUUUGGACUGCAAUCCUGUGCAAAUUGAAAAGGAAACCAAUUGCUUUGUGUUCCUUGGUGCUUAUUUCUGAGUAAGCCCACAUUGACCAAGUCCUUUGAUUUCCACUGGAACAGAUGCAAAUUUCUGCCAAUCCUUCCCACAAAAGAUUGCUAAACUGCUUAAUUUUGGCUGGAUUUUAACCUAUGUUCAUAGUGUUUAUUAGGUAGAAUCAAUUCAGUAUAAAUAUGCAUUGCAUUUAUUUAACUAUGUAUAUCCCUUUUUAACUAUAAAAGAGCAGGAAAUUCUGACCCAAGGGUCUUUUUUUGUCAGAAUCUCUCACCUCUAUUUGCAGGCCAGGGACCAGUUCAGAAGUGUCACCAAUCUGGGUGUUACACAAAAAGGACAUUUGCCACCAUCACUUCCUCCCUAAGUUUUUGGGCAUUUUGAUUUUUAUGGUCGAAAUUCAGGUUUGAAUGUUACUGCACUUUCUGAAAACAGUGAAAAGGGUCACAUGAAUCUUGAGUUGGGAAUCAGACUGAAGGACAAAAGAUACUUCUGUGGUCUAAAAAAAAGAACCAGAUGCCCAAAGAGGUAUAUUUUGAUUUAUUAAAUACAACUCAGGGAUUUCUUUAUGACUUCAGAAGGCUGCUGGCCUUUGCAAACUUGUUUAAAUAUAUUCAGAAUUGAUUAGGCAGCUCUAUAUUUGUUUCAAAGCAUUCCUAAACACCACCCUGGAUAAUUAAUUCAACUUGUGUUAUUACUCAAGGGAAUUCUGUUUUAUUCAUGCUGAUAUUUCUUUAUAUACUGGACCAGCUUUCUUCAAGCGUUCCCCAAGCUGAUGCCCUCUUAAUAUGGUAGAAUUACAAGUCACACAAUUGGCUUCACUGGAAGGGGUGCCUGCAAGCUGUGGGCAUGAAGAGGGCACCCAGGCCUGUGCAACUGAAGCCUUGCUCUUUUUUUUCACAGCUAUCAGACCCACGUUGCCCAUAAAAAAGAGGCGGGGCCAUUAGUAUGCUAGUAAAUGUUUAACAAGCAGCUGUUGCCGCUGCUAUGCAGGUAGUCCUCAAGUUACAACCACAGUUGGAAGCAGAAUUUUCAUUGGGAAGCAAGGCAGCUGUUAUGCAAGUCACACCCAGUUUUACACACAUCUUUUUUGCUACAGUUGCAAAGUGAAUCACUGCAAUUGAAUCAGUCAUUAAAUGAAUCCAGCUUCCCCCAUUGACUUUGCUUGACAGAAGCCAGCUAAGAAGGGCGCAAAUGGUUAUCAGAUGUGGUAGCCAUCAUAAAUAUGUGCCAGCUGCCAAGCACCCACAUUUUGAUCACAUGACUGUGAGGAUGCUGUGACGGUCGUAAAUGCAAGGACCAAUCAUAACUCACUUUUUGCAGUGCCAUCAAAUGGACUUCAAAUGGUCACUAAAUGGAUAGUUGUAAGCUGAGGACUACCCGUAAUGGCUGAACAGCUAAUUGGCACAUUGGGCAUCGUGGUUCAGCUGUGCUCCCAACUGGCUGGCAACAUUUCAGAAAAUUUAAUAAUCGGCUCUCGCAAUUGUUAAAUUUGGGUCUUUGAUUGCAAUGUCGUAGCCAUUAUAUUUACCUUUGGGGCCUCCCCACCUCACCCCACCCCAGGUGCCCUUGAAAAUCAGCUCGGCAUUUGGGGAAGUCUGAAAAUAUAAGACUUUGGGGGGGGGGGAAGCACGAACUAGGCAAAAAUCCUGUUCUCCAAAUUCCAUAGGACUUCUGCCAAAACCAGUCCUGUCUUUCUGAAGAGUGUAUGCACUGAAAAGAACCUGCUCUAUUCCUGUAGUCAAAAAUGUAUUGUAAUUAUUAACCAAAUAUAAAUUAAAAGGACUCUAUAUUUAUAUA